GCGCACCUGGAGCGCCCGCAGGCCCGGCUGGCGCGCGCGGCGACAUGGAGGACGGCGUGCUCAAGGAAGGCUUCCUCGUCAAGAGGGGUCACAUUGUCCACAACUGGAAGGCGCGGUGGUUCAUCCUCCGGCAGAACACGCUGCUGUACUACAAGCUUGAGGGGGGUCGGAAGGUGACCCCUCCCAAGGGCCGGAUCCUUUUGGAUGGCUGCACCAUCACCUGCCCCUGCCUGGAGUAUGAAAACCGACCUCUCCUCAUUAAGCUGAAGACGCGAACGUCUACCGAGUACUUCCUGGAGGCCUGUUCCCGAGAAGAGAGGGAUGCCUGGGCCUUUGAGAUAACGGGGGCUAUUCACGCGGGGCAGCCGGGGAAGGUCCAGCAGCUGCACAUACUCAAAAACUCCUUCAAGCUGCCGCCUCACAUCAGCCUGCAUCGCAUCGUGGACAAGAUGCAUGACAGCAGCAGUGGAAUCCGGCCAAGCCCCAACAUGGAGCAGGGAAGCACCUACAAAAAGACCUUCAUAGGCUCCUCCCUGGUGGACUGGCUCAUCUCCAACAGCUUUUCUGCCAACCGUCUGGAAGCCGUGACCCUGGCCUCCAUGCUCAUGGAAGAGAACUUCCUGAGGCCGGUAGGUGUCCGAAGCAUGGGAGCUAUUCGCUCUGGAGACCUGGCUGAGCAGUUCCUGGAUGACUCCACAGCCCUGUACACUUUCGCUGAGAGCUACAAGAAGAAGAUAAGCUCCAAGGAAGAAAUUAGUCUCAGCACUGUGGAGUUAAGUGGUACAGUGGUAAAACAAGGCUAUCUGGCUAAGCAGGGGCACAAGAGGAAAAACUGGAAGGUGCGGCGCUUUGUCCUGAGGAAGGAUCCGGCUUUCCUGCAUUACUAUGACCCUUCCAAAGAGGAGAACCGGCCAGUAGGUGGGUUUUCUCUUCGUGGUUCACUCGUGUCUGCUCUGGAGGAUAAUGGCGUUCCCACGGGGGUUAAAGGGAAUGUCCAGGGGAAUCUCUUCAAAGUGAUUACCAAGGAUGACACGCAUUAUUAUAUCCAGGCCAGCAGUAAGGCUGAGCGAGCUGAGUGGAUUGAAGCUAUCAAAAAGCUAACGUGACGAUGUGUUCCUGAAGGAACAGGACAGGAUUCCUCUCUCCUAUCAGAUGGUACAGGCAAGAUUUCUUGGAGAAGGGGAGAGUGUUAAGACUUUUAGCUUCUUUGUAUAUUUUGUACGACCUUGCAGUGAGACUGGAGUUCCUUCAGUCACAAUUGGCAGUGGUGCUGUUUCCUUCCCCACCUUCCUGUUAACAGCCUGGAAAUGCUAGAACCGCCGUUAGCUGGCAGCAUCUUAACUUUCACCCAUCCUCACAACUAGCCAUUCCUCCCACACCAAACCAGCUUUCCCAGUUGUAACACUAACUAGCCAUAUUGUAAUACUAAAUUAAACACUAGUCUCAUGUUGGCUGUCUCUGAAAUGCUGCCCAAAACUAACUCCUCUGGAAUUAAUAAAAACUGGCACGUUU